AUGCACACACAACACAUAAGUGCCGAAUAUGAUCCCCUCCUAUUUCUUGUUCCUCCCCCGCUGCAGGUGUCCGCGUUUAAACCGAACGGACGCGGAAUGGAACGUCAGCUGCAAUUUGACUCCCUCAAAGAUGUCCACAUGGGCGAGUACAUGUGCCGAGCUUCCAACCUCUACAACCUGGAUUCCGAGGGCAAUCGGGUCGAGACUACAUCACAAACUCUACUUUAUACUUUCUUUGACAUUUUUCAUACAGCGGCUCCUGAUCCCGUAAAGUUUGUGCAGAACAGUUCCCGCACCUCGGCCACAACGAUCUCGCUAGCCUGGCAGCCUCCGGCCCAUGACGGAAACAAGCCCAUCAUAGGGUACAGUAUUCGCUACUACCAACCGGACGCUGCCCUGGAUUCUCCGCAGCAUCAGGGGCAUCAGGCCACCCUGGAGGGGCUGCGGCCGUACACAAAGUACCAUAUUGUAGUGACGGCUGUCAACGAGGUGGGCGUCAGCACAGAGAGCUCAUUGGCCCUGACCACCCAGGAAGCAAGUGAGUGCAUCAUGAAUUUGGGAGGUUCCUCACAGGUGCGCUGUUCCCUCCUUCACGGUCAGCACGACAUGGAGCUGACUGGCCUGCCUAAGUUCACCACUUAUGCCAUCAGAGUGAUUGCUAUCAACAGUAAGGGUCUAUCACCGCCGGCCUUUGUACUGGCCCGGACCCUGGAAGACCACGAGACCCACUCUGUGAAUCAGGUCGUCAAGGGCCAGACUACCGUGACUUUGGCAGGUCUUCUGGCCAAUACAAACUACACCGUCCAGGUAGCGGCUAGCAAUCGCAAAGGACGAGGCCCCCUCUCUCCGAAAAAGUCCUGCUUCACAACCGAAGCUGCCCCUGACGCCCCUGGUAACCAGCAACCUAUAUUUAUUGAUCUCGAUGCCGUUUUUUUCCUAUUCUGA